AUGGUCUUUAAAAGACUCUCAGCCAUAGCACUCGCUGCACUCCCCAUAUCCAGCUCUUUAGCAUUCAACCACGAUGACUACCUACACAGCCCAACAGCAGACGAGAUUCCGCAGCCAAACGCCGACGGACGCGGAUGGCCCACUUCCUUCGAGCAAGCCUCAACCUUCGUCUCCCAACUCACCCUGCCCGAAAAAGUCCUCUUAGUGUCCGGCACAGAAGGACCCUGCGUCGGCAACAUCGCCCCAAUUCCACGCCUCAACUUCAGCGGCCUCUGCAUCCACAAUGGUCCCCUGGGUCUGGAGCAGGGGACAUACUCCUCCGUCUUCCCGGCCGGAAUCACAAUCGCGGCGUCGUGGGAUAAAAAAACUGCAUAUAGCCGCGGAAGCGAGAUGGCGUCUGAGUUCCGCGAAAAGGGCGCGCAUGUUUUGCUUGGACCUGUUGCGGGGCCGAUGGGGCGUUCUGCGCAUGGGGGUCGGAAUUGGGAGGGUUUCUCGCCUGAUCCGUAUCUAACAGCAGGGUUGUUUGUGGAGACGAUUAAGGGGGUUCAGGAUAGGGGUGUGCAGGCUUGUGCGAAGCAUUUUAUUGGGAAUGAGCAGGAGACGCAGAGGCAGCCGAGUCAGGAUGAAAAUGGGGAUACGAUUGAGAGUGUUUCGUCGAAUAUUGACGAUCGCACACUGCAUGAGUUGUAUCUUUGGCCGUUUCAGGAGGCUGUUAGGGCUGGUGUUGCUAGUGUAAUGUGCAGCUACAAUCGAAUCAACCAGACAUACGGCUGCCAGAACAGCAAGACGCAGAAUGGCAUUCUUAAAGGCGAGCUUGGGUUCCAGGGGUAUGUCAUGUCGGACUGGGGUGCUACUCACAGCGGCGUUGUGGCCGUCACUUCCGGUGAGGACAUGGAUAUGCCUGGGACGCCAGACUAUCCUAUCUUCUUCCACGAGAAGAUCAGCGAGGCAGUCAACAAUGGCUCCAUUACCAUGGACCGUCUGGAUGAUAUGUGUCGACGCGUGAUGGCGCCGUACUUCCAGCUGAAGCAGGAUAAGGGCUUCCCGGCAAUGGACCCUAGUAAUAAGGAGACCAAUGCUGUUUUGUUCUCGAGUCCGCAUGAGUACAAGCACAACUACACCUUCGGCCCCGAAGCCAAUGUCGACGUGCGCCACGACCACGGUCACUCCAUCCGCAAAUCCGCCGCUGAAGCAACGGUCCUCUUGAAGAACAAGAACGGCGCACUGCCGCUGAAAGACCCGAAGCGGAUCGCAGUCUUCGGCAACGACGCAGGCGAUGUCACAAACGGCAUGUCGGUGUGGUACUUCAACGACGUCGCAAACUACGAGUACGGCGUGCUGGCCACUGCCGGUGGUUCAGGCUCAGGGCUCUUCAGCUACAUCGUCAGUCCUCUGGAAGCUAUCAAGCAGCGCGUGGGAUACACAAAAAAAGCCCUGGUUCAGUAUGUCCUGAACAACACGGCCAUUAUCGAGAAGGAUAGUCCUUACAUGAAAGCACUGCUACCCUCCUCUCCAGACAUCUGCCUCGUCUUCCUCAAAUCCUGGGCAACCGAAAAUGAGGACCGCGCUUCCCUCGCCCCGGACUGGGAGGGUAACCAAGUCGUCGAAAGGAUCGCCUCUACCUGCCCCAACACCGUUGUGAUCAUGCACUCCAACGGCGUAAAUGUGCUUCCCUGGGCUGACCAUCCAAACGUGACUGCCAUCCUAGCCGCCCACCUCCCAGGCCAGGAAGCAGGGAACAGCAUCGUCGAUGUCCUCUGGGGAGACAUUAACCCGUCCGGUCGUCUGCCUUAUACAAUCGCGAAGAAAGAGUCUGAUUAUGGAUAUGCGCCAAUUGCGAAUUCCUCGGCGUUGCAAGACACCACUAAUCCAGAGGCGUGGCAGGCGGAUUUCAAAGAGGGGGUCAUGGUCGAUUAUCGACACUUUGAUGCGAUUGACAAGUCGGUGCAAUAUGAAUUUGGCUAUGGGCUGUCAUAUACCCUGUUCAGCUUGAGUGGCGAUAUCAAGAUUACUCCGCUGUCCAAGGGUGAUAUCAGCUCUCUGCCGUCAACCGCAAAGAUAGUCCCAGGGGGAAACCCGCAUCUAUGGGAUGAAUUAUAUGAAAUCACAGCGACAGUGAAGAAUACCGGGAAAGUGGCUGGUGCAGCUGUACCCCAGCUCUACCUGAGCAUGCCAGAUGAUGUUUCUCCUAAAGGAACGCGGCCGGUGAAUGUCCUGAGAGGGUUUGAGAAGGUGCGUCUUGGGGCUGGAGAGUCGCAGGAGGUCAGAUUCAAGUUGAAUCGGCGGGAUAUCAGUAACUGGGAUGUUGAGAGGCAGCAAUGGGCUAUUCCGAGGGGGAAGAUGGAGGUGAAUGUAGGGUUCUCCAGUAGAGACUUCCACGCGAAAGGGGAGUUUACGCCUAUUCCAUAG